GCCCUAAAAUAUCUCAGAGGGCCGCCAAGAGGACUGUUAAUUAGGUAGCGUGGCGCCAGACGCCUGGCGCUGGGCCCCAAGCCGUAGGGACGCAUCGGAAACCGGAUGAGGACCGAAGGAUCUUAACGGAGGCUGAGCCGCCGGUGGACCUCAAUGUUGCGCUUCAGUCGUCGUCUACUAGCCUCGUUGCGAAAAGUUUUUCAAAUGAUUGGCAUCCAAAUCCGUCUUCCUCGGCGUGGCAUUGAGGUGUUGAGCUGUGACCGGGGGGGAACAUUAGGACGGCAGGCCAUCAAAUAUGCACCGCCUCUCCUGUUUCCAUGCCUAGCCAGCCUUGCAAGUUUACGCUACAAUUUUACAAUUUUACCAUACGACCGAAGGCAGGUUGAAACAUGGGUCGUAAACUCCCAGUCGACAAAUGCCUGCCAGGUUUCCGAAGCCCCCAACCGACAAGUCAUUUUAAACAGUACAUGUUAUUCCGAUCUGCAAAUUGGCGUCAGCCUAUCAGCUCACUGCGCAAAGGAGUGCAGAGGUCUCAGCCGGCCGAUACAGAAACACGCCACAGCAUGGCCCAGAAUCGACAACGAGCAAAGCCAGGCGUCGCCUGGCACGCAGGCCAAAAGAAAGACGCCCGAGAGGCCCAGGCCAAGGGAUCCCAGAUCUUCGGAUAAGUGUAGGGGUGAACGAAAGCGUCGAAGAGCUGCGAAUUCAUAUGCACGGGCCAUAUACGUCUGUGCCCCGUUGUUUUGCUCCGUGGCCUAUCGGGAAGAUAGCUCGGAAGAGAAACCGACCCAGACCUCUGGCCAGGUGUGGCUUUCGGCGCGAGGAAGGAAAUCCGUCUAGCGUGCACUAGUGUAUCUGCAUCCCUGCGAUCAUCUCACAAGGCCGGGGUAACCGGGGUGUGUGGGGCGCUGGGAAAGAGAGUGAUGGAUCUCCUUGUAUUCUCAUUGGCUCCCCUGCCUAGAGGUUUCGAAGGAAAUUUGAUGGGACCGAAUACGUUCAGCAGAAUGCAGCUGCUUCAUCUAUCUGGGGCAUGUGAGAGUCGUACCCUCGUCGUCGUGAUGAACAUUGCCGACACUCGUGACUACCUGGCAGAAUUGAACACCUUAGUGUGGCACAUCGAUUACGGAGCUCGCCAUCUCGGCUCUGUCUGCAACGAGUAGAUCAUAAGUGGAUAGAUGCCGAACGUGACAAGACGAACACUCGAACUACCUAUAUAUAGGGCAGGGAUGAUUGAUUGACGGCAUUGGGCAGAAACUUCCCCUUACAACUUGUGAGAGAAGACA